AAUGUCGCCCAUUCAUAAGGAGGCUGCACGAAUCUUAAAGUUAAUAGACCAACAAAAAGGUUCAGUUAAGAAUCUUGUACUGAAUAGCGAAUGCAAGAAAAAGAAACCAUUAUAUGCCCUCGUGUGCGAAACUUUAAAGAAUCGAGAAAUUCUUGAUGAAAUAGCAACCAAAACAAAUAUUCAAAAGCAUGAAAAGUCUAUCUCAGAAGUUUAUUUAUGCCGUGUUGUACUAUAUGAUUAUCUUUUUGGAAGAGGAUUAGCAAAGGGCAAACUAAAGGAUGCUGUCCUUAAACAUAAGGCAUCAUUGAAAGCUCAAUUAGCCAGGAUAAAAGUGAAAAAAAAUGUUUCAUCGAAUAAAGAGCUUUUGAAAUCUAGUACUAAAAGUAUUUCCCUACCGAAAUAUAUAAGAGUUAAUACCUUGAAAACUACUAAUGAAGAAGUUAUGAAGCACUUUCAAAGGGACGGAUACAAGUUUAUCUUUCAACAAUCGGAUAGUUAUGAAAAUUUUAUAAAAUCAGUAAAAUCUCUUAAAUCUAAAGAAUUUACAAGAGAUAUUUAUGUAGAAAAUUUAUUAAUAUUUCCUGGUUCGACCGAUCUACAUGAUCAUAUUCUGUAUGAAACAGGACAUCUGAUUAUUCAGGAUAAAGCUAGCUGCAUUCCAGCAUUUGUUUUAUCCCCUCCGGCUGGAAGUCAUGUAAUUGAUUGUUGUGCGGCUCCAGGAAACAAAACAUCCCACUUGGCAGCCAUAAUGAAAGACAAAGGCAUUAUCUACGCAUUUGACAAAGAUAUGAAAAGAUUCUCAACAAUGAACACUCAAUUGAUGAAAGCCGGUAUAAGUUGCGUUAAACCGAAAUUAGGUGACUUCCUGGAAGAAGAUCCAGCAGAUAAAAAAUAUUCUAAUGUGAAAUAUAUUUUGUGUGAUCCGUCGUGUUCAGGCUCCGGUAUUGUAAGUAGAAUGGACGAAUUGACAAACGAUGAUAAGUCUGAUUCAAAAGAACGUCUUGAAAAAUUGGCUGCCUUCCAAAAGAAAAUUCUACUGAAGGCGUUAUCUUUUCCCAAAGUUGAAAAAGUUGUAUAUUCAACUUGCUCAGUACAUGAAGUAGAGAACGAAGGUGUCGUUCGUGAAGUUCUCAAAGAAGUUGAAGAUAAAUUUGAAUUAGCAACUAUCGAUAUUUCUAGAGCAGAUGCUUCUUGCUUUAUUAGAUUAUCAGCUAAGACAGAUGAAGUUCUGCUCAAACUUCUUGAGGGACUCCAAACACAAGACGGCAACGAGGCAACGGAACAAGCUCAUUUUCAAUAUGUUUCGGCCAUUCCCCGAUUAGGAAUUGGAAUGGAUGCUUCUAUAACGCCGAUUCGACAUGGUGGUUUAUCUCUCGUCCAAACAACCGAUUUCUUUUAUCCCCUAGUGGAUGAUCCUUACAUGAUGGGUAAAAUCACCUGUUCAAACGUGUUAAGUGAUCUAUACGCUAUGGGCGUUACAGAAUGUGAUAAUAUGUUAAUGCUGCUAGCGAUCAGUCAAAAAAUGACAGAAAAAGAGAGAGAUAUCGUUAUUCCAUUAAUCAUCCGCGGUUUCAAAGAUCAGGCAGAAGACGCUGGGACUUCUGUGACUGGAGGCCAAACUGUUUUGAAUCCUUGGAUGACUAUAGGGGGAGUCGCAACAAGCAUUUGCCAACCCAACGAAUUUAUAAUGCCAGAUAAUGCCAUGGUUGGGGACGUUCUGGUUCUAACAAAACCUUUAGGGACACAAGUUGCUGUUAAUGCACACCAAUGGUUAGACCAUCCAGAACGUUGGAAUAGGAUAAAACUAGUUGUCAGUGAAGAUGAUGUACAUAAAGCCUACCAAAGAGCCAUGUUCUCCAUGGCCAGAUUAAAUAGGACAGCCGCAAGACUUAUGCACAAAUAUAAUGCACAUGGGGCAACCGACAUUACGGGCUUUGGUUUAUUAGGGCAUGCAAAAAAUAUGGCCAGAGUCCAAAAGAAUGAAGUUGGUUUCGUAAUCCAUAACUUACCUGUUAUAGCUAAAAUGGCAGCUGUUGCCAAAGCAUGCGGAAACAUGUUUGGUCUCUUACAAGGUACAUCAGCAGAAACAUCAGGUGGCCUGAUGAUCGCUUUACCAAGAGAACAAGCUGCCGCCUUUUGUAAAGACAUUGAAAAAACAGAAGGUUACCAAGCUUGGAUUGUUGGUAUUGUAGAAAAAGGCAACAGAACGGCAAGAAUAAUAGAUAAACCACGCGUAAUUGAAGUUCCGGCAAAAGAAAAGGAUAAUGAACUAUGGUAA